AUGGGCUCGCCCCAACCUAUAUCACCGACCUUGUACAACCAUACUCAGUUCAAAGCCAGUUAUGACUUAUCAUUGAUUGCGAAAGCCAUGUCCACCUUUCACUCCAAAACCUGCAUCCGCUUUGUGGCCAGAUCAACUCAGGCCGACUACAUCAGUAUUGAGAACAAAGAUGGGUGCUACUCUUCUCUUGGCAGAACUGGUGGUCAGCAGGUGGUCUCCUUCAACAGGCAAGGCUGUGUGUAUAACGGCAUCGUUCAGCAUGAGCUUAAUCAUGCUCUGGGCUUUUACCACGAGCAAACCAGGAGCGAUCGUGACCAGUACGUCAAGAUCAACUGGCAGAACAUCUCUCCUGAUAUGGCCUACAACUUCCAGAAACAAAACAGCAACAACCAAAACACUCCAUACGACUACACUUCCAUCAUGCACUAUGAAAGAACAGCCUUCUCCAUCCAGCCUGGGCUGGAAACCAUCACACCCAUUCCUGAUAGAACAGUGCAAAUUGAACAGAGGCAGGGAAUGUCCAACAUCGACAUCCUGAGGAUCAACAAGCUGUAUGGAUGUUGAAGAUAUCACAUUUCAUACAACCAAUGCACAAUAUCAGGAUAGUUAAUAUAUAGAUGAAAAUUGGUGUAAGGUUAUGUUUUUGUCUUUUGAUAGUGUUGAAUUAUUAAAAUGUGUGUUGGGAAAAAUGAAGCUAAACUGCAAGACAAA